CUUCAACUACUAGCCAAGCUAUUGUUCCUCAUCAUCCACUCACCUAUAUAGAUAUAGUUUUUGGUAUAAUCUGGAUAAUUAUAGGAUUGUUUCAAUGUUUUUAUGGAUAUAAAUUCAUAAGAAUUACAAUGUUCUUUGUCGGAUUCGUUUGGUUUGCUUUUAUUGCGUAUCUUAUUGCUGACUAUCUUUAUGGAACUAGCCCUGCCUAUUCUUUUUUUGUAAUAAUAUUAAUCUCUGGGCUUGUCGGUGCAAUUAUAUGUUUCUUUUUAUGGGAGCUAUCUAUUUUGUUAAUUGGUGGUUAUGGAGGGAUUGGCUCUCCUUUCUAUAGCACAUAUGCAAUUAUUGCUACAACUUCUAUCGGUGGUGCAUUUGCAAUUAUAUGGGGAAUUGAUGAUUUUCUUCAAACAGGGUUUCAAACACUUUUUUUAAUAUUAUUUAAAAAAGAAAAUUCUUAUUUUGAAGCUGAUUGGAAAGUAUACGUUCUUUUAGCAUGUUGGAUUUUGUUAAUAAUUGCAGGUAUUGCUUGGGAAUUAUAUACACAUCAGGAAAUGGUAUUACAUCCAACAAAUAUUUUUCUUUGGUGUGUUUGUUGGUCAAAAAGACACAAACAUGAUGAUGAAAAGUCACAAAUGAGUACCAAAGAUAUGAAUAAUUCAGAGAAUUUGGCUUAG